AUGGCAAAGAGAUCAUUGAGACGCCCCUUACGGUAUGAAAGGGAUCAGGCAGGGUGUAUGUGGGGUUUGAUCAGUAUCUUUGACUUUCGCCAUGGCCGAUUCAGUCAAAAGUUGCUUUCAGAUAGGAGGCGUGGGAGAGGGCAUGCUACUGGUGCUGGAUAUUCUAGGACAAAAGUGGACAUGCUGACAAAUUUUGAAGACGAGUGUCAAAGCAUUGUGGAUGGUAAAGAAAGUGAAGCGACAACAGCUGAUGCAAUGAAGACAAGUGUGAAAGAACUCAUGGAAGAAGAGAUGUCUAAUGAGGAAGGUUCAAAGCAGCAGACAAAAAGCCCUGAAGUUGAACUGAAACAGUUUGAUUCCAAACAUGGAGGUCAAGUAACAAGCAGCGGCAAGCAAGUAAAAAGGCCUGGUAAGAAAUCUUUUGACUCACAAAUGAGUGAUUUGGAUGCCGCUAGAAACUUAGGGCCUGAAGACUCUUGUCAUCAAGGUGCACGGGAAAAAAACUCGAAAAAUCCUGAUCUGGAAGUUAUGAUGGAAGAACUCUGCCACCAGUUCCAUCAGAAAAGUACUAGUUAUGUGAAGCAUGAUAGUCUUGAUAUGCAGUCAAAGCAGGAAUACUCUGUUUUUCAAGAAAAAUUAAGUACAGCAAUUAAGGUGAUCAUAGAUCAGAGGUCUACUGAUGAAAAAUGUCUUACAGAAGGUGGAGCAACCCACGACUCUAAAGAAUUCGUGGAUGCACUUGAGAUGUUGUGUUCUAAUAAAGAAUUGUUCUUGAAACUUGUUCAAGAUAAAAAAUCACCAUUGCUGAAGCCCAUUCAAGACUUGGAAAAUGCUCUGCUAAAUGAAGAUCAAAAUUCCAACAUAGUGACAGGAUACAACAAGUUUGAACAGGAUCUAAGCAAAUCAAAACCAGAUGAGCUUGUCAUUCGUAAACGCCGCAACUUUUUCAGAAGAAAAAGCAAGUCUUUGGAGAAUAUCCCAAUGAAGGGAGAUGAAAUGUGUCAACCUUCAAGUAGAAUUGUCAUUUUGAAGCCUGGACCAGCAAGCUUGCAAAAUUCUGACACUCAGGUCAAUUUUACUACACCAUUGCAAUCCCCUUGCAACAUGGAGAAUAAAAUGCAGGGUGAAAGGAAUCCUUCCCAAUUUUCUUUUACUGAAAUUAAAAGAAAGCUAAAGCAUGCCAUGGGAAAAGAACGACAUGGGAUCUCUGGAGAUUGUAACACUCACAGAUUUCCUUAUGAGCAUCAAAACAUGGGGGAUGGCGAGAAAGGGGAUGGUGGGGAAAGUGGUGGAUGGAGUUCUCCAAAUAGAAACCAUUUUUAUACUGAAAAAUUUGCCAAACCUUCAAUCGGCGUCAAGAAGAGAGACAAGAUUGGCAAGUCAAGAGGCUCUGAGACAAGUGUGGUAAGUGAACCCACUGGAUAUCCAAGGCAUGGGGUGCCUAAUCUCUAUCUCGAGGCCAAGAAACAUCUCUCAGAAAUGCUAAGCAAUGGAGACGAAAAUGCAGACUCAAUGAGCAGGGUAAUACCUAAAACCCUGGGAAGAAUUCUUUCUCUUCCUGAGUACAACUUUUCUCGUAGUGGUAGUCCAGAAAAGGACAAUGAGCAUGGCUUUGUAACCGCAAGGAUGAGAUUGUCUCCUCGCAGCAAUUCUCAAAUGGUGAAUGAGAAUACAUGGCAGCUCGUACAAGAAAUCAAUGCCACUGAUCCGAGUUCAUCAAUGCAAAAUUUUGAGGUUCAACAACACAUUGCUGAUGACAACCCUGAUGAGGAAGUACCAUCUUCUGAUUACAACCCUGAUGAGAAAGUACCAUCUCCUGUCUCAAUUCCAGGUCUUUCAUGUGACCAUAAUCAGAAUGAUUCAGAGGAAGAAACCCUAUCUCCUACAAGAGAUGAGAUGGAUUCAGAAGGUAUUGUAGAUAAUCUCAAAACAACCAAUUCUGGAUAUCAGAAAAACAGCCAAGUCUUGGAUGUUUUGCUUGAACCAAGUGGCUCUUUAGUAAUUGGAGAUACCCAGAGUUGUGACACUGCUGAAGUUUGUGAUGAGGAAAGGUCUUCUCAAAGCCUGAAAUUGGAUUCAUUAGAAGAGGAUCAGAUGUCUUCUCCAUCAGCAUCCCCAUCGAGCUCUUCAGUCACCAGAAAAAUUGAAGAUCCCGAUAGUGUCAUUGAGAAAACAGAACGGCCUAGUCCAAUAUCUGUACUCGAGCUGUUAUAUGCAGAAGAUGAUAUCAGCCCUGAAAAAACCAUACCCCGGCCUAUUGAAUCAGCCAUUCAACCACUAAAAAUCCAUUUUGAAGAACGAUCAUCUUCUGCUACUGAACAAGGAUUCUGUAUAGGAACUGGUAUGGAAGAUGAGGAAUCUGAGUUUGAAUAUGUAGAAGCAGUGCUGCUAGGUUCCGGCUUGAACUGGGAUGAAUUUCUCUUGAGGUGGCUUUCUACGGAUGAAGUUCUUGACCCAACAUUGUUUGAGGAAGUUGUAUUAUUUUCCAACCGAUCCUGUCAUGACCAAAAGCUCUUAUUUGAUUCUACCCAUGAAGUUCUGAAGGAGAAAUGUGAGCACUAUUUUGGUUUCUUCCCUACGGUAUCAUCUGUUAAAUCGAACAUUCAGCCUGUCCCAAGGGGAAUCAACCUUAUCAAUGAGGUAUGGGAAGGAGUUGAAUGGCAUAUCCUCCAACAGGCUUCUCCACAUUCUUUGGAUCAGCUUAUCAGAAAAGACUUGGCAAAAUCUGGCACAUGGAUGGACCUCCGAUUUGAGACUGAAUAUACUGGUGUUGAGAUUGGGGCCGUCAUUCUCGCAGAUUUGAUAGAGGACACUGUAUUGAGCUUAGCAAAUGAUACCCCAGAGGAAGAAUUUCCUGUGCUUCUCAAUGGGUUGAAUGGAAGUGAGAGUGAUGUGGACUUAAAAAACAACCUUGUUUCAAGAAGUGGCCUUCCUCGAGUCAGAAUCGAAGCAAAGUAAACUAAUCAAUUCUUGUGUAUCUGGGGAAUGGGCAGUGACACCUCAGAAUCUCACCAAGUUAGGUUAGGCCUCAUCUGGCUCUCACUCAAAAUUUUACAUGAAAGUUCCAGGAAAUGUUUUUCUAAUCUUUUUCUACUGAAAUCAGAUGAAAAUAGUAGUUAAGAGUUAUCUAGUUCAUUUAACCCUACAACAGUGGAGCUAUCCUUGGUGGAAAGCUACAAAAUAAAGGAUCUUUGCCACAUAGAAAGGGAUUGGAAACAUCCAGUUUCUAUGGAAGUGCUUCUUGCAAAGACAGAAGAUGUUGAUUUGCCAUUGCAUAAUCAAGACCAUGAAAAGAGUCAAUUCGGGUUCAGCGGAUUUAACCCGACGACAGAGGAGUUCUUAAGUCUUAACAUUGUAGAAUUUGUAGAAUUGGUGUGUUAAGUGUGUGGAUCUUUUCCUUCUUUUUUUUUUUUGUAAUUGUUCUCAUUUUCACAUACUUUUUGCUGCUGUAGUUAGAGUUUGGAGUUGUAACUAGUCGGUUUUAGUUUGAAAAGAAAUGGAAAGGAAAGCAUAACAAAAGGUCUCUUGCUCUGGUUUAUGCAUCAGAUAAUGUAUAUUUGUUGGGUUCUGGAUUUUCAUACUUCUGUUUUAUCACUCGCUAGUUUCUCCUUUG